GGAAGAUGAACCCCGCCUGCAUGGCGCUCCUCCUCGGCCUGUGCCUCUUGGGGACCCUCAGAAGGAGUCUCGGCACCGACACCGAGGAACGGCUGGUGGAUCACCUCCUCAACCCAAUGCGGUACAACAAGUUGAUCCGGCCAGCCACCAAUGGCUCCGAGUUGGUCACAGUCCAGCUGAUGGUCUCUCUGGCCCAGCUGAUAAGUGUGCAUGAACGAGAGCAGAUCAUGACCACAAAUGUAUGGCUAACCCAGGAAUGGGAAGAUUAUCGUCUGACGUGGAACCCCGAAGAGUUUGACGACAUGAAGAAGGUGCGGUUGCCUUCCAAACACAUCUGGCUUCCAGACGUGGUGCUUUACAACAACGCGGACGGGAUGUACGAGGUGUCCUUCUACUCAAACGCGGUGGUGUCCUACGACGGGAGCAUCUUCUGGCUCCCGCCGGCCAUCUACAAGAGCGCCUGCAAGAUUGAGGUGAAGCACUUCCCCUUCGACCAGCAGAACUGCACGAUGAAGUUCCGUUCGUGGACCUACGACCGGACAGAGAUCGACCUGGUGCUGAAGAGCGACGUGGCCAGUCUGGAUGACUUCACCCCCAGCGGGGAGUGGGACAUUAUCGCUUUGCCCGGACGACGGAACGAGAACCCCAACGAUUCCACCUACGUGGACAUUACCUAUGACUUCAUCAUCCGCCGGAAGCCCCUCUUCUACACCAUCAACCUCAUCAUUCCUUGCAUCCUCAUCACUUCCUUGGCCAUCUUGGUCUUCUACCUACCCUCCGACUGCGGCGAGAAGAUGACGCUCUGCAUCUCGGUUCUCCUGGCCCUCACCGUCUUCCUUCUCCUCAUCUCCAAGAUCGUGCCCCCCACCUCGCUGGAUGUUCCCCUGGUGGGCAAGUAUCUCAUGUUCACCAUGGUGCUGGUCACCUUCUCCAUCGUCACUAGCGUCUGCGUGCUCAAUGUCCACCACCGCUCCCCCACCACGCACACCAUGCCCCCCUGGGUCAAGGUGGUCUUCCUUGAAAAGCUGCCCACCUUGCUUUUCCUGAAACAGCCCCGGCAGAGCUGCGCCAGCCAGCAGCUGCGGCAGAAACGUCAGAGCCAGGAGCGGGCCUCGGGGGGCUUCUUCCUGCGAGAAGGGGCCCGCUCCUGCACCUGCUACGUCAACCCUUCCACCGUCAAGAGGUUCGGGGCAGGGAGUGGCAGCAGCAGGACCUUCGCAGAAACGUCGGAUGGGAUCAACGGUUAUCGGGAGAGACUGGGCCAAGCGGGGCCCCAGCCAGAUCCCUGCUGCUGUGGGUUGGAGGAGGCGAUCGAUGGGGUGUGCUUCAUUGCGGAUCACAUGAAGAGCGAGGACAACGACCAGAGUGUAAGUGAGGAUUGGAAAUACGUAGCUAUGGUGAUUGACCGUCUCUUCCUGUGGAUCUUCAUCUUCGUCUGUGUCUUUGGCACCAUCGGCAUGUUCCUUCAGCCCCUCUUCCAGAACUAUGCCACCAACUCCCUCCUGCAAAUCAAUCAUGACUUGCCCAGCUCCAAAUAGGGGCCAAGGGU